AUGGCUGAAGAGACUAGGUGGUGUGACACCUGCAGAAAGGACAGGCCUAAGGACUUGUUUCGGGCACCUGAAGAUGCAGGGAAGGAGUUCUGGAAAAUGUGCGAGCCUUGCCGCAUAAGGUACCGAAAUGUGAGUAUAUCACAUGCCCAGAUGGGCAAAGAACUCCACUUGCUUAUCAGGUCCGGACUAAAAAGCACACAGAGAUCUCGAGCUAGGAGGUCGCAAGGAGGUGGGGGACGAGCUCGGCCGUAUUAUCUCCCCGAACCAGCACCCCAAAGAAACAUCCGCAUCAGCAAUUCACAGGCAGGGAUUACCUCCGAAAGCACUAGUGCUACGCCGACAACCACCGCGCCCGAGCAACCCGAAUGUUUGUACGCAGAUUCUGGUCACCACAGUCGAGUCACAGUUACACCGCCCGUUGUCGAAACUUCCGCGCAAAGUACAACAACAACCACUGUCAUUACCAUUUCAACCAUCGCGUCCAAGAAUGUGACGGAAACUUCGAUCAAGGUAGAGGAAGACACAAAGACGGCUCGGCGCGGUAUCCAACAGGUUAAAGACGAAGACCUGGGGUCACUUUCAAGUGGCCCUAAAUCUGAGCAGCAAAGCGAAGCCAGUUCAGGUGCCAACCAGCGUCCCGAAUUCUUUGGCUGCCUGCAUUGCGAGAGACUUCGCCCAUGGCCAAUGGCGGGACUUCAUAUCUGUUUGUUGUGUAUUCGGGACUGGAAGUGGUGUGCGAAGGGGGCCCACAAUCAAGCCAAGGCAAGUUUCUUGUGGGACGACCGGGAACAUGAUGAGUGUUAUAUGUGUCAUUUCGCGGGCAUCUGA